AUGUCGCGUCCAAGCCUCCUCGAUGGGCAAGCUGCUCAUCAGCAUUGCGACACUCAAUCCAGUGAUACGCGCAAGGAUUCCGAAGCCCGUGAACUUACCCCAGAAGUCACUACUCCCGUUUGCGAACAAAAGCGAAAACUGAACGACCUGUACGUCAAAAUCGGACGGCUAUGGGAGGAAAACGAUGCCCUCAAAGAGAACAUCACAGCCUUGAAGGAACAAGAGCUUUGCGAUGAAUGCAAGGCGAAAGAUACCAUGAUCGCCCAACUUGAGGAACAACUCUAUUCUACAGCUGUACGACCCAAGAACGACCCCGACCCCGACGGGGACGCCGCACAGUCGGGAUUGCGUAUCGCAUUCUUCAAAGCAGAGGAACAGCUGCGGACCAGCAAUCUAGAGCACGCUGCGGAGAUAGCAAGGAUUAAAGAGGAGCACAAGAUCAUCGCUAGUCGUCUCCACGAGGAACUGUGUGCUGCUCGCACAACUGCCAAGGAAGAACAGACAGAGAGAGUGCACACGCAAAGACAGCUUUCUGACACCAAGAGGCAGCUCCUCGACUCAGAAAAGCAGUAUCAGAUUUUCUAUGACGCCAUUCCCAAGCCGGGAGGAUCCCUCAACGGAGCCGAAAUUGCACCGAUCGAGCAAGCGGAAGAAAACGUCGCCCUCCAUCCAGAUUAA